UCCUUGUUCACCAAUCUUCCAUCCUAGUUAGGGUUUUUCAUACACCCAUUCCUCUCCUCUCUGGGCCGUAUUUAACAGCGUAUGGUGCAACAUUCUGAAAUCUUGCAGUAGAAAGGAUGGCAUAUUGGGAACGAAUUCGCCAAUCGAAGCUGAACCUGUCGUAUCAAUGGAGGAGAUACUAUUUCCAAAACCCUUAUGCCUCUUCGCCCAGUUUCACUGCUUCACAUGCAAAAUCGAGUCUCUCUUCCACAGCUUCACAUGGAAAAUCAUGUCUUUCGCGGAAGCCCUGUUGGGCUAUCCAAAACAGUAACGGACCCUCUGAUUUUUGCAAUAACAUGAGGCUCUUCGGUGGUCCAGCUCAGGCUUCAAGUUCGAGUUUGAGAUUGCUUCCGGCGAAUAGGACUUUGGAUAAUCGUCGUUUUAGUGUUUUCAAUAAGUUCUCAGAAAAAAUGAAAGGCGAAGCUACCAGAAAUCCAGAAUUUCAACAGUCACUUAAGGAUCUGAAGGAGAAAGCAGAAGAGCUGAAAGGGGUCAAAGAAGAACUGAAAAAUAGAACGAAGCAGACAACUGAGCAACUCUACAAGCAUGUGGAUGGUGUAUGGAAUGAGGCUGAAUCUACAGCUAAAAAGGUUUCUGCCAACAUGAAAGAGAAGAUUUCAGCUGCAACAGAGGAGGUCAAAGGAACGUUUGGAGUUGGGAAGGAAGAGUCUUCUGAAUUUAGUGGUACUUCAGCUAAACAUGGUGCUGAUAUGAAAGAUGGAAACGGGGCCUCAUCUGGGGAAGAGAAUUACAAGCAGGCUGCAGCUAGUGGAACUGCAGAAACUUUGUUCGGCAAAUUUAAGUCCAGUCUUCCCUCACAGAAGGUUUCUUUGGCCUACCAAAAAUUGAAGGAAGCAAAGGUCACUGAUUUAGCAAAGAAGGGAUAUGAUAUUGUAAAAGAUGAAUUAAGUGGUACGACAAAUAAGAAAAAGCACCUGCAACAUACUCCUUCCACAUCAACAGGUGAAAGAAGUACAAAAACUGACAUCGUUGUUGUACCCGUAAAGCAGUCUCCUUGGAAUAAAAAGUGGGAGGCAUUCAAAGAGAAGCUUCAAGGUCACCCUGCAUUCAGGCGUAUUAGUGGGUUCAGUGAACCUGUUGUCACAAAGAGUCAUGAGAUUGCAGAAGACAUGAGGGAAAGAUGGGAGACAAGUGAUAACCCUAUUGUUCAUAAAAUUCAGGAUCUCAAUGAAAGUAUCUUUCAAGAAACAGAUGCUGCAAUAUCAGUCAAGGAAAUACGUCAACGAGAUCCAUCUUUCUCUUUACCGGAGUUUGUGACAGAAGUUCAGGAAGCAAUCAGGCCUGUACUUCAUGCUUACAUGAAGGCAGAUGUUGAAACUCUGAAGAAGUAUUGUGGCCCUGAAGUGAUUGAACGGUGUAAAGCUGAGCAUAAGGCUUAUCAAAGCAAUGGCAUCUUUUUUGAUAACAAGAUUCUCCAUAUUUCGGAUGUUGAAGUUAGAGAGACAAAAAUGAUGGGAACUUCUCCCAUUAUAAUCUUAAUGUUCCAAACACAGCAGGUCUAUUGUGUACGUGACAGAAAUGGUUCAAUAACAGAAGGGGGCCAGGAUACAAUCCACACUGUAUACUAUGCAUGGGCAAUGCAACUAGUGGAUGCGGAAGAACUCGGAGAUGGUGCGCUCUACCCUAUAUGGAGGUUGAGAGAAAUCCAACAAUUUGGAGUCCAGGCCCUCAUCUAGUUUCUCUUUUUCUCCUUGUUGAGGAAUGUUGUGCAAUUGGAACUUCACUGGCUUUAUAUCCCGUCCCUCCCGCCCUCAUUUUGGGAAAUUUUGUUUCAUAGAUGAGGGAAAUUUUAGUAGAUAUUUACUAUUUACUUGUGACAAAAUAAAGGUAGGAAAAAGUGGUACAAAUUACAAUACAAUAUUCAUUUAUUUGAAUGAGAUGUUUUUUGUCA